AACAAGUGUUUGAUUCGCUGUCUGGUCGUGCAUAUUAAUGAGAAUGGGAUAGCGGGCAGCUUUUAAAAGAGCUGCUGCCUGCCUCUCCACAGCAAGCGACGGGGAGAGAGAGACCUAAACGAGUGAUUGGAGAUUCAUCCAAGCGCUCGGGACGCACAGACGGAGUUGCACAAUCAGUGCUCCAAAGGGACCCCAAAAAGCUGAAAUCCCCAUUGCUCUUCACGUCUGCCUCCCAGUAGUGGAUGCUAUCUACAUAUCGAAAGACUUUUUGUUGAUAUUUCAGUAUUUACUGCUUUGCAAGGCUCGGGUUUUGAGGAACUUCUUUUUUUUAAAAAAAUCUUUUUGGACUUGUGAAGACAUGCGUGGGUGCACGACGGUGCUGCUUUUGUUAGUGGUGGCCUUAUGCUGCCUGAGCGCAGAAGCUUACAAGUGCAGGUGCACCAGAAAAGGGCCCAAGAUCCGAUACAAGGAUGUACAGAAGCUGGAGAUCAAACCCAAACACCCGUUCUGCCAGGAGAAGAUGAUAUUUGUGACAAUGGAGAAUGUGUCUCGGUUCAAGGGGCAGGAGUACUGUCUUCAUCCCAAACUUCAGAGCACCAAGAACCUGGUCAAAUGGUUCCGCAUCUGGAAGGACAAGCACAGGGUGUAUGAAGCAUAACACCGUCGCUCUCAACACAAGGAUCGUGUGAGACAAACAAAGGACACCAACUCCACCAGGACUACAUUUGUGAAGUACAAGAUGUAAUCUGCAUUGAAGCUGUACUUCUACUUCUUCUGCCUGAGAUCUGUCAAGCGCAUCAAGAGAUAUCUACAAUUUGUACAUAGGCUGGUGGGCUCGCUUUAGUUGGCCAUCAGUGUAGUUACAGUCACUCACCACUCCAGUCUUUGCCACUGUAGUUAUAUUUGUCAAAUUGUGGACAACGCCAUCUGUGUUCAAACAGUUGUAUGGUUGUUAUUCAAAGGGGCUUCUGUUUUGUUUUGGCUUUGGUGAAAAAUGUGCAAGAAAAAGAAAUUCUGAGGAAAGGCAAAUAUUUCUCUUAAAAAUACAGUGUAUUGGUGUUUAAUCAUUGCAGUUUCCACUUUUCCGUAUCCUAUUCAGUAUGACAGGUAUAUUUAUAUAAUCAGCGUAUAAGGUUUGGCUACAAGGGCGCAGUUGAAAUAAUGGGAUAAAGGUUCUCCAUAAAUUAGAUUCUCUGUAUCUGUAGAGGAGAGUCAGUCAGUGUGUGAUUAUAUUUUAUACAGAAGUUGUUUUUAUUCAGACAGAUUAUGGAGGUCCGACAGUCAGUGUGUGU